GGGGGUGUUUCCUCUUGGAAGUCAACUGCUUCUGUCUCCUUCUCCUAUUUUUCUUUCACUUUACAUUCUAUGCUAUCCACAUCUCCUCAAUCACUGGGAAAGGCCUCAAUCACCUUUCCAGGAUUUACAAACAUAACAGUUGCAAAGAUUGCUGACAAAUAGUAAAAUGUACCUUGAAAACAAUAACGAUGUGCCGCUUGUACGGAAACUAGACGUAGAGAGAACCCAAUCUUCGGUCCCGCAGCAUACUGGAUUAAAUGGACUUGUUACCAAUGAAGUUCUGAGCAGCGACUUCAAUGAAUUGAUACUCUUAGACAGUUUUUGCAGAGCUGGUGACGCUAAGCCUGAGCGGGAGAAAUCUUACCAGAAUGGAACAACAGCGCAAGAGUGUUGUGUUGCCCUUGGGCAGGAUUUCAAUCCCACACCUGUAAAGGGAAGCGUGGCUAAGCUGUUCAACCCAGUGAAAGACUACACUUUUACAGAGAAGACUCCUUUGCUAACAUUUUCCUCCAAAAACACAAGGCCACAAUGCAUGACCUUUGAUAGACCAGAUUUCAUAAUUGGAGAAGAUUCUUGGGAGAACAGCUCUUCUGAAUUUGAACAAAGAUGUAGACUUGGUAGUGAAGUUGGAAGCCUAUCCAGGUCUGCCUCAUCUGAGAAGAAUGAACUCCUGGACAAUCUCCAAGAGAAAUUUAACUCUUCCAGACUGAGAUGCUGCUUAAAGAACAUGAAAAUUGCAGGGCUCUUUAUUAUUGUAGUUGCCUGCUCGGUUUUAUUUAGCACCUACUCCGAUAAAAGCAAUCCUUGGCAGAUGUUGGCACUGUCGUCUCUGGAAAGCUACUCUGUAAAUCUUACAGACUUUCACAACUCUGCCCUCUUAAAGCUGGAAGUUGAUGGACCAUUUGCAGGUGAUCUAAUUGACCGAAGAAAUGAGGAAUAUGUCCUCAUACAGAUUUCUCAAACUGAAGAUCCAGUUUCUAGGAGGAGACGCCCUUCUCAGGUUAUAUACAACUGGACUAUUGCGUUGAGUUCAAAAAGAAUAGAACAUGUUGCAAGGCAAAGGACAUUUGAAAUCCUGAACAGUGAUACUAUUACAGUAAAUAUCCAAGCAUUUCUACAAGACACACAGCUAGUUCCACUGACUUUAGCACACCAGUACCUGAGCGCAAGUAUCGAAACGCAAGUAACCAUUGCUGCAGUCAUCCUAGCCGGAGUAUAUGUUCUAAUCAUAUUUGAGAUUGUCCACAGAACCCUGGCAGCCAUGUUGGGAUCCUUGGCAGCACUAGCAGCUCUGGCUGUAGUUGGUGAUAGACCAAGCUUAGUGAAAGUGGUGGAGUGGAUUGAUUACGAAACACUGGCACUUUUGUUUGGAAUGAUGAUUUUGGUUGCAGUGUUUUCAGAAACUGGAUUCUUUGAUUACUGUGCAGUAAAGGCCUAUCAACUGUCUAGGGGAAGAGUGUGGCCCAUGAUAAUAAUUCUGUGUCUCAUAGCUGCCAUUCUUUCUGCGUUCUUGGAUAAUGUCACAACAAUGUUACUUUUCACUCCAGUCACGAUAAGAUUAUGUGAAGUGCUGAAUCUUGAUCCAAGGCAUGUACUGAUUGCUGAGGUAAUAUUCACCAACAUCGGAGGGGCUGCUACAGCUGUUGGGGAUCCACCCAAUGUGAUCAUUGUCUCCAAUCAGGAGCUGAGAAAAGUGGGACUGGACUUUGCAGGUUUUACAGGGCAUAUGUUCUUUGGAAUAUGUCUGGUUCUGCUGGUAUCCUUUCCUUUUCUCAGGAUUCUGUAUUGGAACAAAAAACUCUAUAACAAAGAACCCAGUGAAAUUGUUGAAAUGAAACAUGAAAUUCAUGUUUGGAGGCUGACUGCGCAAAGGAUUAAUCCUGCAAGCCGUGAAGAGACUGCAGUUAAAUGUCUCUUAAUGCAAAAGGUUUUGACACUGGAGAGUUUACUGAGAAAGAAGCUUAGGACAUUUCAGAGGCAAAUAUCACAAGAAGAUAAAAACUGGGAAACCAACAUUCAGGAACUUCAGAAAAGGCAUGGAAUAACAGACAAGAUUCUGCUUAUCAAAUGCUUGACUGUUUUGGGAUUUGUCAUUUUUAUGUUCUUUCUCAAUUCAUUUGUCCCAGCCAUCCACCUGGACCUAGGUUGGAUUGCGAUUUUGGGCUCUUUAUGGCUACUGGUUUUGGCAGAUAUCCAUGAUUUUGAAAUCAUCCUGCACAGAGUGGAAUGGGCAACUUUGCUCUUUUUUGCAGCACUUUUUGUGCUAAUGGAGGCUCUGGCACAUCUGCACUUAAUAGAAUACAUUGGGGAUAAGACUGCACUUCUUAUAAAGGCAGUUCCAGAUGAUGAACGUCUUGCCGUUGCUAUUAUAUUAGUGGUAUGGGUAUCGGCCUUGGCAUCAUCUUUAAUUGACAAUAUUCCAUUCACUGCUACAAUGAUUCCAGUACUAAUAAACUUAAGUCAAGAUGCUGGUGUUGAUCUUCCAGUGAAGCCGCUUAUCUUUGCUCUGGCAAUUGGAGCUUGUUUUGGAGGAAAUGGAACUUUGAUUGGGGCAUCAGCUAAUGUUGUAUGUGCUGGGAUUGCAGAACAACAUGGAUAUGGAUUUUCCUUUAUGGAAUUUUUCAGGUUGGGUUUCCCGAUGAUGAUAGUCUCUACUACUAUUGGAAUGUGCUAUCUACUGGUCGUCCAUGUAGUCUUGAUGUGGAAUACUUAAAUUAUUGAGCCCCAGAUGCUACGCUUCACUCACAACUGCAUUGUUGCAAACACCUUUCUUCCUGAUAAGUUGUUAGUUGACUGCCAAUGACACAACUGUAUAACUAUGAUAAUUAGCUUAUCCUAUAUCCAUUUUAAAGGUGUAAUGGACAUUACGUAUGUACAGAAAUAUCGUAUUUGUGCCACCAUUGAUUAGACAAAAUUAUCAGUAAGUAUUUUACUUUUUGCAAUUUGCAUGAAG